AUGGCAGCUCGUCACCGCAUCUCCAACCGAACCUGGCUCGCCAUGCUCUCCGUUGGCGUAGCUCUUCUAGGCUUCUCGUCGUACUCGGCGAUGGGCGCGGCAGCACAGUCUGUCCCCGAGUCGACCGCUGGCUUGAAGAUUGACACGACGUACAAGCCCACGCCGUGCUACAUCAAGUCGCAGAAGGGAGACUCGCUGUCUAUGCACUAUGACGGCCGCCUCGACUCUGGCAAGGAGUUCGACAGUUCGAGGAAGAGGGGACAGCCGUUCGUCUUCACGCUCGGCAAAGGCAUGGUCAUCAAGGGUUGGGACAAUGGCCUCCUCGACAUGUGUCCGGGCGAGAAGCGUACGCUCACCAUCCCUCCCGAGCUUGGCUACGGCUCGCGAGGAGUUGGCCCCAUUCCCGGCGGCGCUACAUUGGUCUUCGACGUCGAGCUGCUCGACAUCAAGAACCGCAAGCCGGGCAAGGAGGAGCUGUAG